ACGGUGAUGAUGAAGAGGGUAUUUUGCAAAAAUGAAGUCAAAAUCCACAAUUCAGAUUAGUUCCUUUGACAUAAGUCUGUGAUUUUUGAUGUAUUAAGUUUUUAUCCACACAGCUGGGAAGAGUUAAUUAUCCUGACCUACAUUUGAGUUUUUGAGGCCAAAGGGAGAAAGGUUCAGUAAAGCAAUGAAAAGGGGGUCAGUGAUGAUAUUGCCCACCUGGAGCAUCAAAAAUAUGAGUUUGGGCAGAGGGAAGUCCUGGCGUUGGACUUCUGUUGGCUCAAACUGAGCACAGCCAUUGAGUGAUGCCCUACACACACACACACACACACACACUUUAAAUAACCUCAAAACCUUUAUAAAAAUCAGUUUUUUUAAUUUCCUUCCUUGAAUCAUCAGUCUUUCUCCUGUCUGCGGCCUUGGCACAGGACUAAUCAGAUGAUCCCUGUUGGCAUGACGCAGACACACCUGUAUUAAAAAAAAUCCCUUCUGAGUCACUGAAAGUAGGUGAACCUGUCUGAAACAUGAGAGACUUUCUUUUUCCAGCUUCUAUUGAACCUCCUGGACAUUUCAGCUGCCUCUGAAUCAUCCAGCGCAGAGAAUAUGUCUAUUAUUGAAUUUAAUUGAAAUGUUUUGACACAGGGAGAGGGGAUUUCAUCAUGGGCAAGAAGACAGAUUUGAAACGUUAUUAGGUCGAGGCAGGGAGUCAAGUGUUUGAUGUUGCCUUGCUGUCACCAGACGGAACGAUAAGGGGAUUCUGCACAUACCUGCUGGCCCCUCGGCGCCGGCUUUUAACACCUGCCGCRUCCCAGGAGGAGUCAGUCAGCUCUGCUGGGAGAUGCUGUGAGCGGCAGGAAGAUUCACAGUUUGCAGACUUUAAGAUGACAACACAAAUGGCGUCAGCAGCUCUGCUUGGACUUGGUUUUGUCCUGGUCUCACUUCCAGAGCAUGCUUUAAUGAGCAGAGGAAUUAACAACAAGACAGGAGUCAUGUAUCUGGGCUCAGCGUAUGUCAACAAGGCUCUUCAGAGAGCGAUGGAGCUGACUGAUGCUGCUUACGCUCACACCAGUGAAAGGGUGAAGAAGUCCUUGUCUGAAGGCGCCCUGAAGCCCAGUGACCUGCUGGCCCAGUUUAAACAGAUCGAAACCAGAACCAAGAGUCAGAUCCGGGCUGCUGAGCUGCUGGACAACACAGUGGAGCUGAUCAGAGAGAUGGUCUACACCAACACCAUGAUGCAGCCCAGUCCUUAUGAGCUGCUGAGUGAAGGAGACAUGGAGAACCUGCUGCAGGCGACGGGCUGCUCCACACAGCUGCAGAGCCCCAGCUGUCAGACGGGCUGUUUAUCYGAGCGCUACAGAUCCAUCACAGGCGAGUGCAACAACAGACAACAUCCAAGAUGGGGGGCUGCAGACAUCCCGUAUUCCCGUUGGUUGCCACCAGAGUACGAGGACGUGUGGGGGAUGCCUAAAGGCUGGGAGCCCGAUCACACCUACAACAAUGUCAGCCUGCCUCCGGUCAGGCUCGUCUCACAGGAAGUGCUGUUCACUCACAACGACAGAAUCUCAGAGGACUCCACUCUGUCCCACAUGCUGGUGGACUGGGGUCAGUGGAUAGACCACGACUUGGUGCUGACCCCUCAGAGUCCCAGUACAGCUGCCUUCAAGACCGGUGCCGACUGCAGCCACAGCUGCAGCCGGGACGCUCCCUGCUUUCCCAUCCAGAUCCCACCGUCUGACCCUCGUAAYGGCGUCCAGAGCUGCAUGCCUUUCUUCCGCUCCGCUCCCAGCUGUGGUGCGGGAGUUCUGCCUCACCGGCCCCGGGAGCAGCUCAACACCAUCACCUCCUUCGUAGACGCCAGCAUGGUGUACGGCAGCACCCCCAGCCUGGCUUCUUCUCUSAGGAACCACUCCUCCCCUGUGGGCUCCAUGGCCCUCAACUCCCAGUACCAUGAUGGGGAGCUGGCCUACAUGCCUUUCCUGCCCCGCCUCCAGGCUCACCUGGAUCCCUGUGGUCCCCGUAACGCCACGCCCUCGGGAGCAUGGAACGGAUCUACGCACCCAGAGAACACCUCGUUGUGUUUUCACGCAGGUGAUUCGAGAGCCAACGAGCAGCUGGGAUUGAUCGCGCUGCACACGCUCUUUCUGAGGGAGCACAACCGGCUGGUCCAAGAGCUGCACCUGCUCAACCCCCACUGGAGCCCCGACACCCUCUAUCAGGAAGCUCGCAAGAUCCUAGGAGCCGUCCAUCAGAUCCUAACAUGGGAGCACUACCUGCCCCGGGUUCUCGGUGAGAGCRCCAUGUCUCGUCUGAUGCCCCCUUACCAGGGCUACGAUCCUGACGUGGACCCGAGCAUCGCCAACAUAUUUGCGACCGCAGCGUUUCGUUUUGCACACGUCACCGUGCAGCCGGUGGUGAACCGGCUGGGGCCGCAGUACGCCUUUAACUCCGAGUACCCCCCGCUGCCGCUGCAUCACUCACUCUUUGCUUCCUGGAGGGUUGUGCAGGAAGGAGGUAUUGACCCGGUGCUGCGAGGCCUGCUGCUGUCUCCAGCCAAGCUGCAGACUCCAGGUCAGAUGAUGGUGGAGGAGCUCACAGAACGGCUGUUUCAGGCUCAGGGAGGGAUGCCCCUGGACCUGGGGGCACUGAACCUGCAGAGAGGCCGGGACCACGGCCUACCUGGUUACAGCUCGUGGCGAAGGUUCUGCGGUCUCUCAGUUCCCAACACGACGUCUGAUCUGGCUGAAAUUCUGGGGAACCUCACUUUAGCGCACACGUUCACACUCUUGUACGGGACGCCGCACAACAUUGACGUGUGGGUGGGGGCCAUAUCUGAGCCUGCUGCGCCCGGAGGACGAGUUGGACCGCUCCUGGCCUGCCUCCUGGCCAGACAGUUCAGAGCACUAAGAGACGGGGACAGGUUUUGGUGGGAGAGGACAGGCAUGUUCACCAGCACCCAGAGGAGACACCUGGACUCUGUCUCUUUGUCCCGUAUCAUUUGUGACAACAGUCACAUCACCCACGUCCCAGCAGACCCCUUCUCACGCACCGAGCACCCAGAGGACAUGCUGACCUGUUCCCACCCGCUUAUCCCACAUCUCGACCUCAGUCCCUGGAAAGAACCAGACGCAGAUCCCAGCUGUGGUCUGAUCCCCAGGAUUCAGUCCGGCUACUCUCUGCUCUGCAACUCUGUGGUUCUCUAUCAGUGUCAUGCUGGUUUUAGGCUGCUGGGCUCGUCAUCGAUCAGUUGCGAUCCAGACAGAGAACAGUGGAGCUCCCCGCCACCAACAUGUCAAGAUAUUAAUGAAUGUGAAGAACUGAACUCUUUAUGUCCUCAACACCUGGAGUGCUCCAACACAGCCGGUUCAUUUAUUUGCUCAGAGUCCUCUUUGCUGUCCGCUGCCUCCAUCGUUGCUGCGGUGAUCGUGGUGAUUGUCGGUGCAGCUGUGCUGGUUUUAGUCAUGAUCUUCUAUCGAAGAUACUUUCCCAAAGCAGAAGAGUUGAUCUCAGCUGAACUUUGCCAGAAGAAUUCAUAAACAUCCUGCUGUAGGUUAUUAACAACAUCACUACAMGCUGAUGAAAUCUUCAUCUGUACGAAGUGCCUAUAAAAACAGAAGCUUACAGGAACUCAGUCAGGAAACUAAAAUCCUGCUGGAAUGUUUAUUCUAUAUAUUUUCAGACUUUAAAAGCCUCUGAGCUGAAAGUUUUAUUACUUCCUCAGUGUUACUGAGCCUGAUUCCUGCUAAGCUGUCAGAGUUGGAUCAGGGGGACCAGGUGGUUCUCAAUCAUGAUCUAAACCAGAAAACAUGUUUUGUACCAGAAGGAAAUUAAACAAAUGAGAUGAGUUUUUUUUUUUGUAAAAAUAAAUAAAUAAAUAAAGUCAGUCAGUCUGGAGGUGAUAGUUGAGCAAAAGAGCCUUUUGUUUAAUGGAGUGUUACAUAUUUAAUAAUCAUUCCAAUUGCAUAAAGACAAUUCUUCAUUUUUACCAUCAAGCUUUUCUAUAAAAACUGUCCAAUAACAAAUCUACAUUAUGACGUAAAAUUAUAUGGCUAUUCUGUUUUCAUCCCAAGUAAUUUAUGACUUAUUGUGUUGUUCAUUGCAGAGUAAAUUAGAAUUUGAAAUACUUCAUUAAACUGUAAUAAAGCUGGUUAAUGUUUUAAACACUGUAAAGCUGUCACUGCUGGCUGUGUAUUAACUAAUGAAAAUAUGUCUAAUGAAGUAAAAUGUGUACAUAAAGCUGWGUGGAGACUGAUUUGUGGUUUUAUGACACAUCAGAGCA